AUGACAGAAACGUCAAAAAACCUCAAACUAGACUUUGAUGAAAGUGCAGACGAGUUUGAUCCCGCGAGUGGACUAGACGCACCCCAGGUAGAUCCAUCUUCAGGUGCCCAUCGCCGCCAAUCGAGUGUCUCUGGUGGUCUUCACAGAGACGCAGAUGGUGUACUCAAGAACAGACCCGAGAAACGAAAGCGUAGCCGCGUUACUCCGGAGCAAUUGGUCGAACUCGAAAAAGAGUUUGCUAUCAAUCGAACACCGACCGGCGCACAGCGUAAAGCAAUCUCGGAUCGACUUGGAAUGCAAGAGAGACAGACUCAAAUAUGGUUUCAGAACAGACGAGCAAAGGCAAAGCACCAGGAGCAAAGACCUCCUUCACCAAACCUAAACCCGCUUGAUGCGGCUGGCCUCCCAUCCUCUGCGCAGCUGGAAUCGUACAUUGCACAGCUUAUCCGGGAAAAAGAACGUCAGUAUACGGUCACUUUAAUUCCAUGCUCUGACCUCAAGAUUGGUCAUUGGACACGUAUCAACCCUUCGACACUGCAUUACGAGGUGCUCGCCUACACGUCACAAGCUCGGCAGUGCAUCUCUUGGUUUAUUCGUUCAUCCGGUCUGGCCUUCAAGAUUGAAGUGCCAUUCAGCAUUAUUCGUUCAGCGACCUUGGUGGACGUUAGGGCCCCGACCCUGGUGACUUUGGUUCUCGAACUCAACGCCGUACCGCGAUUCUUUGUACAGCAACCCGAUCUUCGAAUGCGCCCUGGCGAAACGAUGGACGACGUCCGGAAGCGAAUUGGGAUCGCUCCGCAUCUUCCACUGCCUCAGAUCAGCGCUACUCCAGGCGAAUGGGUGGCGAGCAACGACUGGACCCAGAACCAGCAAGCAACACGCGUCCUCCGACACGAACUCACGGGUCCACGCACUUCGAUCCUUCCAGGCGUCCGCGGAUUUCCAGCGGCGUUUGGCUUGUUCCAAGAGGAUCAACAGCUGUACCAUGUCGCUUCCCAAGAUGAUGGGUCAUCAGCAUAUGGCUCCGACCUGUUCGAGCGACGCUCAACUUCGCCUGGCGCGUUUUGGAACGACCCUCACACGCUUGCCGCGAUGCGUACCCCAAGCUCUUAUUCGGGCUAUGACUCGAGCUUGACAGAUGCAUCUUCUCAAUACUCUCUCGGCUCCUUGGUCUCGGUGGCCAAUUCGGGACAUACACCCGUCUCUUCAACACAUGGUACUCCAGCCUUUCACGACUUUGAGGCAUUGGAUCUAAACGAUGAAAUGCCCAUAAAUCCAAUUGCUCAACCAAUGCCCAUCCACGCGAACCCACACUUGCCUCUACUCGAGAACCAACGAGCGCCAACGAACCAAUUGUCCGGUACGGCUGACCUAUCAGAGUUUCCCGGCUUCGACUUCGGCGGCGGCGAUCCGACUUCUACGGGUCUGUUACCUCAGUCGGGAUUGGACCCGGCGUCUUUUGGGCUUAGUCAUCCACAAUCCCAGGGUCAGCUGUUCCCUGGCUUCCACGAUACAACAGGGACGGGGACGGGGGUCAGUAUCUCCGGAUAUGCCCAGCAGCGAGAGAGUGAGCGCCGUAUAUCGGAUGCUGCCGUGCUAGGGAACCCACAAGCCAGCUUUGACUUUGGGCUGGGAACAGGUGUGUCCAACUAUGGCACGUAUUCCGCCAACGGGUUCAAUGCUGCUGGAGGGGCUGGUGCGGUCGAUAUUCCGUUUGAAGUCGAUGCGACGUAUAGCUCGUUGAUGGCUGCCUCUUCCGUCAGUGCCUAUCCACAGACUCAGGGUGCACAGGGUGCAGCCGGCUUUGGAGAUCCGUCGCUAUAUCUCUCUGGAGCAAGUACGGGACCGUCGCAGGGCUUCGCUCCCGAGGCUUUCUCCCAGUAUACUCAACCCCAGCCACAGCUACUUCAACAAACCCCAGCAGGCGCCUCGCUUGUACCAAAUGGUUCGCAGCCCAGCUCACGCCGUAAUUCUGGGUACUACCAGUGA